AUGUCGUCCUUCAGCCCGACACAAAUCUUCGAGGACGGAACCACGGAGGAGAAGGGAGAGAAUGCCCGUCUCUCCGCCUUCGUCGGCGCCAUCGCCGUCGGCGAUCUCGUCAAGAGCACCCUUGGACCCAAGGGUAUGGACAAGAUUCUGCAGUCUGCAUCAACCGGCGAGAUCAUGGUCACGAACGACGGCGCCACCAUCCUGAAGUCUAUCGCCCUCGACAAUGCGGCAGCCAAGGUCCUGGUCAACAUUUCCAAGGUCCAGGACGACGAGGUCGGUGACGGCACCACCUCGGUUGCCGUUCUCGCGGCCGAGCUCCUCCGCGAAGCCGAGAAGCUUGUCGACAAGAAGAUCCACCCCCAGACCAUCAUCGAGGGUUACCGGAUAGCGAGCCAGGCCGCCCUCAAGGCCCUCAAGGAAUCCGCCGUCGACCGCAGCAACACCCCCGAGGCUUUCAGGAAAGACCUGCGGGCCAUCGCCCGCACAACCCUCAGCUCCAAGGUCCUGGCCCAGGACCGUGACCACUUCUCCCAGCUCGCCUGCGAAGCCGUGCUGCGUCUCAAGAACUCAUCGGACCUCAGCCAUAUCCAGAUCAUCAAGAAGGCCGGCGGCAAGCUGAGCGACUCGUACCUCGACGAGGGUUUCAUCCUCGACAAGAAGAUUGGCGUCAACCAGCCCAAGCGUCUGGAGAAGGCCAAGAUCUUGGUGGCCAACACGUCGAUGGACACGGACAAGAUCAAGAUCUUUGGCGCCCGCGUCAAGGUGGGAACGACCAGCAAGCUGGCGGACCUCGAGAAGGCGGAGAAGGAGAAGAUGAAGGCUAAGGUGGAGAAGAUCAAGGCGCACGGCAUCAACUGCUUCAUCAACAGACAACUCAUCUACAACUGGCCCGAGCAGCUCUUCACGGAUGCGGGUAUCAUGUCCAUCGAGCACGCCGACUUUGACGGCAUUGAGAGGCUGGCUCUAGUGACGGGCGGCGAGAUUGCCUCGACUUUUGACCACCCCGACCAGGUCAAGCUGGGACAGUGCGACUUGAUCGAGGAGGUCAUUAUCGGCGAGGACACGCUGAUCAAAUUCUCUGGCGUUGGCGCUGGCGAGGCCUGCACGAUUGUGCUGCGCGGUGCCACGGAUCAGCUCUUGGACGAGGCGGAGCGAAGUCUGCACGACGCUCUGGCCGUCCUGUCACAGACGGUGAAGGAGCCGUGGACGACUCUGGGUGGCGGCUGUGCCGAGAUGGUCAUGGCCAAGGCUGUUGAGGGUGCCGCGACGCGCGUUGAGGGCAAGAAGCAGAUGGCCGUCAGCAGCUUCGCGAUUGCGCUGCGUCAGUUGCCCACUAUCCUGGCCGACAACGCGGGCCUCGACUCUGGCGAGCUCGUUGCGCGUCUGAGAAAGGCCAUUUACGACGGCAUGACGAAUUACGGAUUGGAUCUCCUGACGCCCGGUGGUGGCAUCACCGACAUGCGGGAUCUGGGUGUCGUGGAGAGCUACAAGCUGAAGAGAGCGGUGGUUUCGUCUGCCAGCGAGGCAGCAGAGCUUCUUCUCCGCGUAGACGACAUCAUCCGCGCCGCCCCCAGAAGACGGGAGCGUGCUUGA